AUGCCUCCCAAGAGAGGGAUCGUCAAAUCUGGCAAUGCGGGGAACUCCUCUAAACCCUCUAAAGCCCCGGUGCAAGCCGCUACAACCGCUGAAGAGAAGCCUCUUUUCCCACCGGGAUCCAAGUAUCCUCUAAGUCUCCUCCAUGAGAGAUGCCAGAAGAAUGGCUGGGAGAAGCCCAUCGUCGACACGCGGAGGCAAGCAGAUGGCUACUCAUUCGUUGUCACCUUGAGUAGGAUGAACAAGAAGAGCUCCGAGCGCGAGUUCGUUCGCUUGGAGCCCCAUCCACCAUUCAUCAUGCCCACCGCUCUUGAGGCUCGUCACUGGGGAGCUACGUACGCCAUGUACCGCUUCUGCAACACCAUUCAACUAAACCGCGUCCUCCCGCCUGGCCCCCGUGAAUAUUGGAACCAAUUGGCCUCAGAGCAUAAAACCGUGCCGGAACAUCAAAAGUGGAUGUACGACGUCGACCCCUUCGCCGCCAGGAAGGCUGUCAACUCGAGACAGGACCAAGCUGCCCAGAAGAGAGAACAAGCGAGUCGUCCCCAAGAGAACUCAGUGAAGCCCGUCGCAACAUCCCCUGAGUUUGCCAAUGCACCUGAGGCCAAGAUGGCUUCCUCUUUACGCGACUUCGUGGAAGACGCUCUCAAAAAGGGGUUGGCCAUGUAUCCAGAUGCUGACGACGCCGAACCGACGAAGUUUUCUGCAGAAGAUCACGUCAAGCUUACGAAGGAUCUCACCAAGCUCGGAUUUUCCUCUUCACAAACACGCAAAGCGGUCACUGCGCUAUCCCAGCAAGGGCCUAUAACAGCGAACCUCCUCAGUCGCCUACCUCCUCUUCAAGCAUGCAUCGAGUUUUUGAUCUUACAGACGCCCGAGUGCGACCUCCCGAAGCGUUUCCUUCCUUCGUUCACUUCCUCAGAUCCAUUUGUUACUGCGAUGCACUCAGGAGCCGACGACCUCAAACGCCGUUGGAUUGAAGAGAAGGCGAUGAAGGAAUGCGGAUGGCCUGCCCAUGUCGUCAAAGAGUGCCUUGCGGAUCAAGAAGCGGGCCAAGACUGGGCCGAGCUCAUCUUCGCGCUUGACUCUAGGCUCGUCGGCGCUGACUGGCAAGGCCCGGUUACCGAUGAAACGCAGGGCCUCGAAGAGGUUGACCUGGACGAGGUUGAGUCGUUCGGUGGACAGAUGGGGUCGAACGGGGAAUGCAUUAUUCCUCUUCCGGUCGCUCCUAUGGCCCUCCACAUCAUCCUUCCAGACAACUACCAGAUCGCAACGGCAGGGACGCAUCCGCCUAUGUACUUUACCUCCCCCACCGUGGCUGCAUACGUCCGCCUGCACAUCCUCUCAAGGAUCAUCAAUGCUUUUAGGACAGGAGCUCUUCUCGAGGACUCGGAGACGGUCAUCAUGGCCAUCAUGCGCAUUGCGGAAGAGGAAUGGGCCAUAAUCGAGGACGACGGGCCGCCGAACAUAGUCGAGGUGCUUCAGCACCUCCUUCCCAAGAAGACAACCGUGGCCCAAGAAUCUGGUCAUGACAUAGCAGCGUCGGUUCCCACAAGAUCCCCUAGGAAGCGGGUGAGGGGCGCACGGCCGGACGAGCGUUCGGACAAGCAAGUCAAAGCAACCUUCGAGGAGCUCAUUCGUCGCACCGACUACUCCAAGAUGUUGGCGAGCAGAGAGAAACUCCCUGCUUUUGCCUCGAGGAACGAGUUCCUGACGAUGUUACAGCGCAGCCGUUGCGUCAUUGUUGUUGGCGAAACAGGAUGUGGGAAGACGACGCAAUUGCCCCAGUUUGUCCUCGAUCAACUUAUCACCGCUAACCGAGGCUCGCGCGCUUCUAUCAUCGUAACCCAACCUCGACGUCUGUCAGCCAUAGGCGUAGCCGCCCGUGUAUCUGCAGAACGUCUUGAGGAUGGCUCAGUCGGCUACUCGAUUCGUGGGGAGUCUAAACAAAGCACCCAUACCAAGAUCCUUUUCUGCACGACGGGUGUCGUACUUCGUCGCCUGGGCUCUGGGGACAAGCUUCAGGAAGUCACGCAUGUUGUCGUCGAUGAGGUGCACGAGCGUUCCGUGGAUGGAGACUUCCUUCUUCUUGAGCUUCGCGAGCUCUUGAAGACACACUCAGAGUUGAAGGUCGUCCUCAUGUCCGCUACUAUCAAUCAUGAGGUUUUCGUGAAGUACUUCAAUAACGCCCCCCUUUUGACCAUCCCCGGCUUUACCCACCCUGUGGAGGAUAUCUACCUGGAGGAUCUCUUGCCUAAACUCAGCUAUCGUCCGUCCAGCGGCAGGUCGCAGAAGCAGAAGAAAGGUAGUGAUGACGAGCUUCCGAAUGUGGACGAGGACGUACAGAAGGCAGCCCAAAUCAUAAUGCGGAAUGACUUCUUCGAUUUCGAUCUUAUAGUCGCCACUGUUGACUACAUCGUGGCCAACGCCAAGAAGCGAGGCGCUAUUCUGAUCUUCCUCUCUGGCGUCCAAGAGAUUCGACAGUGCAUGGACAGGCUUCGCAGUGUUGCCGGAUCCAAGGUAUUCCCUCUGCACGCAAAUUUGACAAGCGAUGAGCAACGGAAAGUUUUCGAACGCAUCCCUCAAUGGAAGAUCAUAGUCUCUACGAACGUCGCCGAGACUUCCGUUACGAUCGACGACGUCAUCUAUGUCAUCGACGGCGGAAAAGUCAAGGAGACCCACUACGACGCGGAUGCAGGUUUGACGAAGCUCACCGAGCAAUGGGUAACCCGAGCUGCGGCAAAGCAACGUCGCGGUCGCGCCGGACGGACGCAGCCCGGGAUCUGCUACAAGCUGUACACUCGCGCGAAAGAGAAGCAGAUGAACGCCUUUCCCCCCUUUUUGGCUCGUGCCGUUGAUCCUCCAGAAAUCACUGCGAUUGAUAAUGCGCUAGAAGUACUUGAGGAGCUCUCGGCCAUAUCAGGAGAUGGAGAAUUAACAGCGCUGGGACGGCAUAUGGCCAUGCUCCCUAUGGAUCUUCGACUUGGGAAGAUGCUCGUCUUAGGCACUGUCUUCCGUUGCCUUGGCCCCGUGUUGACGGUGGCGGCGUGUCUGUCGUCGAAGCCGCUCUUCAUGAGUCCCAUGGACAAGCGAGAGGAGGCGAACCAAGCACGCGCUCGGUUCAACACGGCAAACAGCGACCUCCUGACGGACGUGAACGCAUACGAGGAGUGUCUCAAGAUGCGCAAUGACGGCGCUUCUCACAGCGCAAUCCGAGCCUUCUGCGACCAGAACUUCAUUUCAGCUACCACGAUUCGCGACAUCACAUCGCUCCGGAACGACUUCCUCUCCUCGCUCGCGGACCUCGGUUUCGUCCCCGCCCACUCGAAACCCUCCGAUCCCGCGCUCAACGCCCACAGCGCGCAGCCGAACCUCGUGAAGGCCGUCAUCCUCGGCGGAGUCUGGCCACGCGUCGCGCGCGUGCACCUCCCCAAGUCCGCGAUCAAGUUCGACCGCGUGCAGGCGGGCACGGUGCAGCGCGAGAACACGGCGAAGGAGUACAAGAUGUACGACCUUCGCGAGGGGCGAGUGUUCGUCCACCCGGGCUCCGUGCUCUUCAACGCCUCGUCGUGGAAGUCGCCCUUCCUCGCCUACUUCCAGAAGCAGAUGACGAGCAAGGUGUUCUUGCGCGACGCGACAGAGGUCCCAAUCUACGCGCUCCUGCUCUUCGGUGGCCCGGUCACGGUCAACCACAUCGGCGGGGGCCUGACGGUGGGGGUAAAGGAUACGACGGUCAGGAUCAAAGCUUGGCCGCGCAUCGGCGUGCUCGUCAAUCAUUUGCGCCGCCUCCUGGAUGCACAGCUGCUGCAGUGCAUCGAGGAGGGCACAAUUUUGGAUAUGGGCGCGGGCAGCAACCCGGUCCUCGAGGCCAUUCAGGCGCUGUUGGACAACGACGGGCUCUCGUCGUGA